GGAUAAUGCGGCCGCCUGACGAACCUUAGCGUCUAAAGACAAUUUUGGAGAAGCAUCUUGAGUCUGCAAAAUCCAAAAUAAACUCCUAACCAUCAAUCGCAAUCAUGCAGCCCACACAAUGCCUAAUGAAACGGGUAGCCCGACAUGCCCUGAGUACGAAGAAAGCAAAUAAGGGGUUCUACAAGGGUACUGGAAGUGGUUCAACGGGUCGACAUACACAACAUGGAGGGUACAUAAUCGAGUGGGAUAAAGUCAGGACAUACGUUGUGCCGCCAAAUCUUAAGGAGUGUAAACUCACACCAUUUGUCACAAAAAAGAUAUUGCCACCGAGAGGAAGAUUCGAAAAUGAUCCCAAAGGUGCUUUCAGUGGAGAAGCAUACCUGCGGAAGUGGAAGGAUAUUUCGGAUGGAAUGACAUGAAUAAUUGGUGUGAAAUGGAUUUAUGGGAAAACGGCGUUGACAAUUGUAUCAAAAAAUGUAUCAAAACGAUAACAUGAAUAUCAUACCCCUCGGAUUGAAACAUGGAGCGUGAGAUAAAGAAGCGCAUGUUCACAAUAUUUGGAAAUUAGGUGUACAAUGUGAAGUGAACGGUCUCGAUAAAACUGGCUACUCAAUUGAGCAGCCAUGUUGUUCAUUCGUUAAUGUAAUGAAGGCCGUGAUUGGCAUGCGACGUUAUUUCUGUAUAUUUGCUUGCAUUGUCGAAAUCUGUUUUAGAGAAGGACAUAUCCAAGAAGUCUUCCUUUGUUUUUUAAGCUGAACUACUUAUGAUUAACGCUAGGG